AUGCCUUCUCCAAGAACACUGAAAACUCAUUUCCCUGUGCAACUACUGCCUCCAUCCUUCUGGGAACAGAAAUGUAAGAUAAUCUAUAUGGCAAGGAAUGCAAAGGACAACAUGGUGUCCUAUUACCAUUUUCAAAGGAUGAACAAAAGACUCCCUGAUCCAGGAACUUGGGAUGAGUACUUUGAAACAUUCUUGGCAGGCAAAGUGUGCUGGGGGUCUUGGUAUGACCACGUGAAAGGCUGGUGGAGGAAAAAAGACAGUCAUCCCAUUCUCUAUCUUUUCUAUGAAGAAAUGAAAAAAGACCCAAAAUGUGAAAUUAGAAAGGUGAUGGAAUUCCUGGGAAAGAAUCUAGAAGAAGAGGUUUUAGAUAAAAUUGUCUAUAACACUUCAUUUGAUGUAAUGAAAAAUAAUCCCAUGACCAACUACACGAAUGACACUGUAAUGAAUCAAAAUGUCUCUCCAUUCAUGAGAAAAGGAAUCAUGGGAGAUUGGAAAAAUCACUUCACCAUAGCUCAGAAUAAGCAAUUUAAUGAAGACUAUGAGAAAAAUAUGGCCGAUACAUCUCUGUCUUUCUGCAUGGAACUCUAAAAAGCAGAGCAAGAGAGCAAGAUCCAUUCUUUUGCCAGCCUCUGUGAGGUGGAAGAGAAAUGUUU